AUGCCUCUGAAACCACGGGUCUACCAGUUUCUGGUAGGCGUCUUCGCCUCGAUGGGCUCCGUCCUGUUCGGCUACGAUCUCGGUGUCAUCGCCGAAGUGGUGGCGAGCGAGUCUUACCACACCUUGUUCCACCCCAACGAGGACCAAACCGGAGUCGUGGUCAGCCUCUUCACGGGCGGUGCCUUCUUCGGAGCCUUCUUCGCCGGUCCCUCGGGCGAUUGGUUCGGACGUCGCUACACCAUCGUCCUCGGGAGCUUGAUCUUCAUCCUCGGCGGUUGCCUCCAGACGGCCGCGCAGUCGCUGGCAUAUCUCUGGGCUGGUCGGUGUCUCGCCGGAGUCGGCGUGGGUUUCUUGACUAUGAUUAUCCGAGACAGCUUUAUCCACCAGGGGCUGACACAUAAGAUCCCACACCGCGCAGCUGUCUACCAGGGAGAGAUUGCACAUCCCGACAUCAGAGGCCGAGUGACUGCCCUCCAGCAGUUUUGUCUGGGCAUCGGCGCACUCGUCGCCGGCUGGAUCAGCUACGGCACCUUCAGGCUCCACGGCUCGGCGCAGUGGCGGAUCCCCCUGGGCAUCCAGCUCGUCCCGGCCGUCGUGCUGGCCGCCCUCAUCCUGUUCUUCCCCGAGAGCCCCCGCUGGCUGAUCGACCACGGCCACUCGGAGAAGGGCCUGCGGACGCUGGCGAGGCUGCACGCCAACGGCAACGUCGACGACGCGUGGGUGAGGGCCGAGUAUGCUCAGAUCCAGGAAUCCAUCACCUUUGAGCACGAGAACGAGGCCAAGAGCUACAAGGAGCUCUUUACCAACAUCUCCUCCUUCCGCCGCCUCUUCAUCGCCUGCGCCCUGCAGGCCUCGGUGCAGAUGACGGGCGUCUCGGCCGUGCAGUACUACUCGGUCGCCAUCUUCGGCCAGAUCGGCAUCGACCCGGACAGCGCCCUCAAGUACCAGGCCAUCAACAACGUCCUCGCCCUCGUCGCGCAGGCCAUGUGCAUGCUCUUUGUCGACCGCCUCGGCCGCCGCCGCCCGCUCAUCGCCGGCAACCUGUUCAACUGCCUCACCUUUAUCAUUGCCACCGUCCUGAUCACCCAGUUCCCUCCCGACACGAAGCAGAGCGGCAGCGCAGGCUGGGGCUUCAUCAUCGUGACAUGGCUCUACAACAUCUCCUUCUCCGCCACCUGCGGGCCCCUCUCGUGGAUCAUCCCGGCCGAGAUCUUCGACACGCACACGCGCUCCAAGGGCGUCUCCAUCGCCACCAUGACCUCGUUCGCCUUCAACACCAUGAUCGGGCAGGUCACCGACAAGGCCAUCCGGCGCGUCGGCUGGCGCUACUACCUGCUCUUCGUCGUCUGCAACGCCACCAACGCCCUCUUCUUCUGGGCCUUCCUGCCCGAGACCAAGCGCCUGCCCCUCGAGGAGAUGAACUACCUCUUCACCAACGCGCCCUGGAUCGUGCCCGGCUCCGACCGCGCCAAGUACUCGGCCGGCAUGGCGGCCGACAUCGAGAGGCGCGCCGGCGAGCUGCGCGAGAAGGGGGCGCACGAGGAGCUGGCGGAGGGGCACUAG